CAAAACCGCUCCUAGACACAUCCAAAACCCCUCUAAUCUCUCUCUCUCUCUCUGUGCUCCGUUACUCCUCCGGCCUCGCCUCUCCGCCGCCGGCGACCGACCCCAGGACGCCGCCGCCGGCCGCCAAUCGCGCGCUCGCGGGGCGGGGAAUCUGCGCCGCUCCUCCCCCCGAUCCCGGGCUGCACUCCGUCGGGUCAGUUGAGCCAUGACUGCUCAGACAAAGAAGAGGGGUGCCGCGGAAAAUGGGGAUGGUGCUAUUGGUUUGGGCCUUGCAGCCUUCAUCGCCAACAAGGAGGAGUUGGGUCCCAUUGUACGGCAUGCUUUCGAAUCUGGGAAGCCUGAAGCUCUCUUGCACAGCCUCAGGAACAUUGUGAAGAUGAAGGAAGUUGAGAUUGAAGAGAUUUGUAGACUUCACUAUGAGGAAUUCAUACUUGCGGUCGACGAACUUCGUGGUGUGCUGGUUGACGCUGAUGACCUUAAGGGCACGUUGUCUGAUGAGAACCUGCGAUUGCAAGAGGUUGCUAGCGCCUUGCUGCUGAAGCUUGAUGAGCUUCUUGAGUUGUAUUCGGUAAAUAGGAGUGUUGGGGAGGCCCUUGCUACAUUGAAGAUCUGUCUGAAAGUCACCAGUCUGUGCAAGAUAUGCAACAGGGACAUUGCGCAAGCCAAGUUACAUUCUGCAUUGAAAACUUUGGAAUUGAUUGAGAAGGACUACAUGCAAAAUAUUCCUCUGAAACUUCUGAAAAAGGUUAUCCAGAAACAAAUUCCUGUUAUGAAGCUGUACAUCGAGAAAAAGGUUUGUAGUGAGUUCAAUGAGUGGCUUGUAUAUAUUAGAAGGAUGGGAAAGGAGAUUGGGCAGGCUGCAAUAGACCAGGCCUCCUUGGGUCGACAGAAAGAUGAGGGGAUGUGUGCCCGACAGAGGGAAGCAGAGGAAUGCAGCCAUGUUGGGUUUGAUGAGCAUGCUUAUUCCUUGGACAUGGAGAACAUGGAUGAGGAAGCAAUGCUAGAAUUUGAUCUUGCACCAGUGUACAGAGCGCACCAUAUCCACAUUGGCCUUGGUCAUGGGGAAAAGUUUCGAGAAUAUUACUUUAACAAUAGGCUUAUGCAGCUCAAUUUGGACUUGCAGCUUUCUACAUCGCAUCCCUUUGUUGAGUCCCACCAACCUUUCCUUGCUCAGAUAGCUGGCUUUUUUAUUAUUGAGGAUCGUGUCCUUCGAACUGCAGACGGGCUUCUAUCUGAGAGUCAGGUGGAGACAAUGUGGGAAACAGCUAUCUCUAAGGUCACAUCAAUCUUAGAGCAACAGUUCUCUCUCAUGGAUACUGCUAACCACCUCCUCAACGUAAAAGGUUAUAUCAGUCUUUUGGGUACCACCAUGAAGAAAUAUGGAUACCAAGCUACAUCGUUGGUUGAAAUCCUUGGCAAAAAUAGGGACAAGUAUCUUGAGCUGCUUAUCUCUGAUUGCCGCAAGCAGAUAAAGAACAUCUUGUCUAACGACUCAUACGAGCGGAUGGUUAUAAAGAAGGAAAAUGAAUACGACAUGUACAUUGCAGCGCUUCAACUUGAACCCACUGAUGUAGCACCAGAUUUGCCAUAUGUCGCUCCCUUUUCCUCCUCUGUUCCCAAUGCUUGCCGUAUUGUGCGAUCUUUCAUCGAGGACUUGGUCAGAUACUUGUCAUUUGGUAGCAGCAUGAACUCCUACGAUGUGGUGAAGAGUUACUUAGACAAGUUCUUAAUUGAGGUAUUAAAUGAUGCUUUUCUGAACCUUAUACAUGGUGGUUCCCUGGAAUUUCAACAGAUGGUGCAGAUUGCAGGAAAUAUUGCAGUUCUUGAGCAGUCCUGUGAUAUGUUCCUUUGCCAUGCUGCUCAAAUUUGUGGUGUUCCUAGGCGUCUUCUUGAGAAGCCCCAUUCUGGUUUGACUGCUAAAGCUGUGCUCAAAGCCUCCAGGAAUGCAGCAUACAGUGGAUUAAUUACUUUGGUCAAUUCCAAGGUUGAUGAGUUUAUGUUGCAGUUGCCUAGCAUCAAUUGGACUGUAGAGGAAGCUCCAGAACAUGCAAAUGACUACAUGAACGAAGUCAUUAUCUAUCUUCAUGAUGUGGUAUCUUCUGGGCAGCAGAUUGUACCUAGAGAUGCCCUAUACAAGGUUGUCUCCGGUGCACUAAGCCACAUAGCAGACUCUAUAAUAACAGUACUUCUUAGCGACAGAGUCAAAAGGUUCAAUGCAAAUGCUGUAGCUGGUAUUGACAUUGACCUGAAAAUGCUGGAGGGGUUUGCAGAUGACACAUAUCACAGCACUGGGUUGUCAGACCUGAGAAAGGACACAAGUUUCAAAGAUUGCCUAGUGGAGAUAAGGCAGCUCAUCGAUCUUCUGCUCAGCAAUCAGCCUGAGAGCUUCAUGAAUCCUGUAACCAGGGAGAAGAAUUAUGGAUCCUUGGACCACAAGAAGGUGGCAAUCAUUUGCGACAAGUUCAAGGAUGCGCCAGACAGCUUGUUUGGUAGCCUUUCAAGCCGAGCGACGGUGCAGAAUGCCCGAAAGAAGUCCUUGGAUGUGCUGAAGAGAAGGUUAAAGGAUUUUAGCUGAGAUUAUCCGUGGUACAUCUUUAAAUAAGCUAGUACCCCCCUUUAAGAGAGAACUAGUUCAGUGUCUAUCCUAGCCAUUCCAAAUUCCUUUAAUUUCCUUUUCAAUCACUUUGCUCCGUGUUCUUUCUGGAGCCUAGCUGUAAUGGUAUGUAUAGAUCAAAUCUUCACUAUUGUUAUGAGUAGUGCACUUUGUUGU